AGCGUGGGUAGGGUGUUUUGAACACGAUGAGUGGCCAACAGGGAUUGUACCUACCACAUUUGGACUGGGAGGACAGUGGUCUGCCUGAUGAGCCACACCAUGGUGUCACUGUUCCUGAGAUGGGCGAUGUACUGAGUGAUGAGCAAAUGGCAGCACUAAGGGCAGCCAUAAAUCCCCUGGGACACUCCCAAACACAUGGCUCAGACAUCUACCUACUUACUGUGCAGUGUUUAAUAAAGGACUUUGAGACACGUCCAUCUGUGACUCAUCUGUUGGAGCAUCCAUUCAUUAAACAGGCUCAUGGGAAGGACACAUCUCUCAGUCAGCAGCUGUCAGUGCUCAUUCGUGAGCAACAAGAUGUGAGCAGCAGCAAUAAGACCAGGCAUGAGCGUAUCAAUACUCGAAAAACACUGAUCAUUGAGAGCUGUCCUGAUGACGAUCUGGUGAAUCUGGAGGUUUUAGAUGAGGAAACAAUCAUUGCACAUCUUCAGAAGCGAUAUGUGGAACUGCAGAUUUACACCUAUGUUGGUGACAUCCUCAUAGCACUGAACCCUUUCCAAAACCUAAGCAUCUACUCUCCACAUUUCUCAAAGAUGUAUCAUGGGAUGAAACGCUCCAGUAACUCCCCACACAUCUUUGCCACUGCUGAUGCAGCCUAUCAGAGCAUGGUCACACUCUCCAAAGAUCAGUGUAUAAUCAUCAGUGGGGAGAGUGGAGCUGGUAAAACUGAGAGUGCUCACCUCAUCGUCCAACACCUCACCUUUCUAGGAAAGGCAAAUAACCGAACACUACGUGAGAAGAUUCUUCAAGUGAACCCCCUGGUGGAGGCGUUUGGUAAUGCGUGCACGGCCAUUAAUGAUAACUCCAGCCGCUUUGGAAAAUACCUGGAGAUGAAGUUCACACCUACUGGAGCGGUGAUGGGUGCCAAGAUCUCUGAGUAUCUUCUGGAGAAAUCAAGAGUCAUCAAACAGGCUAUGGGCGAGAAAAACUUCCACAUAUUUUAUUACAUCUACGCUGGUCUUUACCACCAAGACAGCCUCAAGAAGUACAGACUACCAAACAAAACUGCCCCCAGAUACAUUGAGUGUAUUAAUGGUAAAGUGAUCCAAGACAUCAUCUCCAGCAAACUGUACAAGGAGCAGUUUGAUGCCAUUCAGGAUUGUUUCCGUAUCAUUGGAUUUACAGAGGAGGAAGUGAAUUCAGUGUACAGGAUUCUAGCAGCCAUUUUAAACACAGGGAAUAUUGAGUUCACAUCGACCACAUCCCAACAUCAGAGUGACAAGAGUGAGGUGCCCAACUCUGAGGCCUUAGAUAACGCGGCCACUCUGCUCAGUAUCGGCUCAGAGGAGCUUCAGGAAGCUCUGACCUCCCAUUGUGUGGUCACUCGGGGAGAAACCAUCAUCCGUACCAACACCGUGGACAAGGCCACUGAUGUGAGGGAUGCCAUGUCUAAAGCUCUCUAUGGACGCCUCUUCAGCUGGAUAGUGAACCGCAUCAAUGCUCUGCUACAGCCUGACACAAACAUCUGUGUGGCUGAGAGUGGGAUGAACGUGGGGAUUUUGGACAUCUUUGGUUUUGAGAACUUCAAGAAGAACUCAUUUGAGCAGCUGUGUAUCAACAUUGCUAAUGAACAGAUCCAGUUCUACUUCAACCAACACAUCUUCGCCCUGGAACAGAUGGAGUAUCAGAGUGAGGGUGUAGAUGCCAGUCUGGUUGAGUACGAGGACAACCGGCCCAUUCUAGACAUGUUUCUGCAGAAGCCCAUGGGUUUACUGUCACUGCUGGAUGAAGAGAGCCGCUUCCCACAGGCCACAGACCAGACACUCGUUGAUAAAUUCCAGGAUAACCUGAGAAACAAGUACUUCUGGACACCGAAGCGUGUGGAGCUUUGCUUUGGAAUUCAGCAUUAUGCUGGCAAGGUCCUGUAUAAUGUGAAUGGUUUUCUGGAGAAGAAUCGUGACACUCUGCCUGCAGACAUUGUGGUGGUUCUGAGAACAUCAGAGAACAAACUUCUACAGCAGCUCUUCUCCAGUCCUCUUACUAAAACAGACUGGAAUUGUAAGUGCAUUAAUGCAAAUGGGGUGUGAGAGGGCGGAGGGUGAGGCCGGGUCUUGAUUUUACACACCCGGCCCCAUAUCAGGCUAAUCAAGCCUUCAAGAGGGAUAAAGCCAGACUGCAGAUGGUGGUGCAACAGAGAGAGAACAUUUACGGGCAGCCAUCCAUCCUAUGUGUGUGUUUGUGUCUUUUGGUUUAUUUGUUCAUUAAACUAUUAUUUAUAUUAUCAUGCCAGUUCUCGCCUCUUCCUUUCCCUUAUACCGCUUUAUAUGGAGCUUUUGUUUUUUUUUUACAAACUUAGUGACAAUUAAAACUGUUCUGAGGUAAUCGACAGAGUGUCAAAGAUGUUGCAAUAGAGCUCAAGUUGUAUUGAACCCAGAAUUUCUGUUUACGGUUUAUUUCACAAACCUUCAUUUACCAACUGGGUAACUUUACAAUAAUGUUCCCUUUUUAAAGAUGUAUAAAGAGGUUCAGUAAUGAUUUAUUGGUUAUUUUUAAAUGCUUUAUAUAUCAUUGCAUUACAUGAAAAAAAAAGUUGACUUUCUUGCUAUACAUGUCAAAUAGUGAGCCAUUUACCUUAGGUUAUAAAAGUUUAAUAAAUACACUUGUUCAUACUUGAAUUAAUUGACAUAUUCCCAAUGGUGUCCCAACUUACCUAGACCUAGUUACCUCUAUCCAAACGUAAAAACACUUUUCAAUUCACAGUGUAAAUCAUAUACUGUAAUAAAGCCUGAUGAUCAAACUGACUUUUAUGUACUGUACAUAAGGUUCUAACGUUGACAACUCCUUAAUAGAGUAAAUGCUUCAUGUGUGUCCAUUUAUGGUUCACAAUUUGACAGAUAUUUUAUGAAAGUCACUCUUUUACUCAUGUUGUUAUAACUGCAUAUCAAUGAUUUACAAUGCAUUUGUAAGUUAAGAAUUAGUCAUUAAUAAACCAGUUUAU